AUGUUGAGUAUUGAAUCUAAAAAAACUUUGCUAGAAGUUGAGAAAUUGUUAGAUGAAUAUAAUUCUCAAACUGAAAGUUCCCAAGCCAAAAAAGAAUCAGUAUGUGAUGUUAAAAUUAAAAUAAAUGGAAAAGAAAUGAAGUGUGGAAAAAUAUUUAAAUAUCUCUCCAGAUGGUCAACGUCCAACAUGAAUUCACAUCUUGCAGACGAACAUGAUAUAGCAAUGAAGGUUCAUUAUUCAACAAAUAUAGAUAUUGAUGAAUAUGAUUAUAAUAAUGAAGGUCGUCAAGAAAUAUCUAAUUAUGAUUCGGAGUCUGAGUCGUCAGAUAAUGAAAAUGAAAAUGAUAUAUCCUUUGAUACUCAAAAAAAUCAGUCAGAAAAUCAGCUAGAAAAUGACCCUGAAUUAACU